GUCAAAUCCAACCGAGAUAGAUCCUAAGCGUCUAAGUUCGCUUAGAUUGUUGGAUCUGAUGGAAAGGACUAACUACUUGUUUCCUGUAAGCAUGUAACUACAUUCUACACCGCAGGUUCUACGGAGUACACAUACACCGUACACAGCCACCGAUCGAUCUACUCUGGCGCGUGGCGGAGCCUCAGGACCCCACAGAUUACUGAAUAGUGAAUCCUUGAAGGAAGCGAAGGUUAACUAAACCCAGGAGGCCAGGACGCAGGUGUGGUAUAGGCAUACACGGAGUAGACCGAAGGCUCUGCCAUGGAGGUGCCCAGACAGUUGCUUUAUUUACUUUUUUCCUGUUCCUCUCUUACUUCCCUUAAGGAGACUGAGUUCAGGACGAUGGCUGACUAAUCGUCACAUGAAGGUCGGCUACCGUCGGGAGGGGAAAAAGUCGUGAGAUUUUUUCCCAGGAUUGCGACUUACAGGGCGUUUGGUUCCAUUCUUAUCUCUCCAACGGCUGGAUUUUCUGAUCUACAUUCUUAUCGGACCAUAAUACCCUCUCGCAUGAUAUUUUAGGAUUCUCUCUCGUUAACUACAACAAGCCUCCACAAUUCUCAUUGCCUCCGUCGCCAUGUCCUCGAUUACCUCCCCCGCCAUCCCUCCGGUGGCUCUGGACAGGAUCACCCAGCACAUCGGCAACACUCCCUUGGUGCGCCUGAACAGACUGCCCCAGAGCCUGGGGAUCGAGGCGACAGUGUAUGCCAAAUUGGAAUAUUUCAAUGCCGGUGGAAGUGUCAAGGACAGAAUCGCCCUGCGCAUGAUCGAGGAGGCCGAACGUACGGGUCGUAUCAAGCCCGGCGAUACGUUAAUUGAACCCACCAGUGGAAAUACUGGUAUUGGUCUCGCGCUUGUCGCGGCCGUUAAAGGCUACAAGACAAUCAUCACGCUUCCCGAAAAGAUGUCCGCCGAGAAAGUGGCCGUUUUGCGUGCGCUGAACGCUACUAUCAUCCGUACGCCUAACGAGGCCGCCUAUGACUCGCCCGAAUCUCACAUCGGUGUCGCUAAGCGCCUCGAAAAGGAGCUGCCGAAUGCCCACAUUUUGGACCAAUAUGGCAACGUAAACAACCCGUUGGCUCACGAGCUCGGCACGGCUGAGGAGAUCUGGACCCAGACGAACGGGCAGAUCAAGGCCAUUGUCGCCGGUGCUGGAACUGGUGGCACAAUCACCGGGCUGGCUCGGGGUCUCAAGAAGCACAACUUUAAUGUCCAAGUGAUUGGGGCGGAUCCGCAGGGUUCGAUCUUGGCUCUCCCGGCUUCUCUCAACGAGGAGCAUGUCAAUGAGCCUUACAAGGUCGAGGGUAUCGGAUACGAUUUCAUUCCCGAAGUUCUCGACCGCGAGGCUGUCGACAAGUGGUACAAGACAGAAGAUAAGGAGUCUUUCCAGUACGCCAGACGUUUGAUCGCCGAGGAGGGUCUUCUUGUUGGUGGAAGCAGUGGAAGCGCUAUUUCGGCCCUUGUGCAGGCCGCCAAAGACAACAACUUUGGGAAGGAUGAUGUGGUCGUUGUGGUUCUGCCCGACAGCAUCAGAAGUUAUCUCACCAAGUUCGCUGAUGACGACUGGCUCGCUGCGAAUGGACUUCUGACGUCGCCCAUCCUUAACGCUCCUACCCCCGCGCCGCAGGAACAACGCGAUGAGCUUGCUGAAUCCAAGGUCAACUCUCUGAGGCUGAAGCCGAUCACCACCGUCCGGUCCGAUACUCCCUGUGAGAACGCCAUCGAAGUCAUGCGAGACAGAGGUUUUGAUCAACUCCCUGUUCUGGCACCUUCUGGAAAGAAGCUUGUCGGUCUGGUCACUCUUGGAAACGUUCUCAGCCGGUUGACACAUGGACGGGCUACGGGGAAGAGCCCCGUCGCCGACGUCAUGUUCAACUUCAGCAAGAUCCCAGAGGUUGUUACUGACCCCAGAGACAUGGGACUGGCCACCGGCGGCAGUGAAUCCGGUGCAGCUCGAAGCUCGAAGGUCCGCAACCGCAAGUUCGUGGAGAUAACCAUGGACACCCCGUUGAGCGUCCUCAACCGAUUCUUCGAAUGGAACAGCGCAGCCAUUGUCACCGAGCAAGAUGAACAGGGCGCAAUGAAGCCAGUUGCCGUCGCCACGAAGGUUGACCUGCUCAGCUGGAUGCUCCACCACAAUAAGCAAGCCUCCUGAAGCAGAAACGGAAGGCAAAUUCUUCAUGGUUACUCGAGAAAAUUUUUGGCAGGGGUUUAAUUGGCAAUUGUUAAUAGCAGUUUGAUUUGCAUUCAAUAGAAGCUCGAUUAUGCAUUGUCUUGGGCUGGACAAGCCUAAGAGGGUAGGGAAUAACCGGUGUUCAUGGAGUCACUGACAUAUGAAUGAACAUGAAAAAGCAUUCGCCUUGCAAGGAUUUUAAAUUCAUU